AUGUCAGCUCUGCCCAAGGGGAAGACUGACUUUCUUCAAUCUUUUCUAGAGAAUUUGGCUUUAGGAGGACAGGCUGUACAGUCAUCCACAGAAUAUGUUGAUUGGGAAGCUGACAAAGCCAUUGACACUUCACCCUUCACCUGCACCCAUACUGCCGAAACAUCUGAUAACCCCUGGUGGAGAUUGGAUCUUCUGGAUUCUUACUACAUCUCUAAAGUUGUCAUCACUAACAGAGGAGACUGCUGUGGGGAUCGACUUGAUGGAGCAGAAAUUCAUAUUGGAAACUCUUUGGAGAACAACGGCAACAAUAAUCCCAGAUGCGCUGUGCUGUAUGGUGUGGCAACUGGUCAGUCCGUAUCUGUGUCCUGUGGUGUCAUGAAUGGACGAUAUGUGAACGUCAUUAUGCCUGGACAAUCAAAAAUUCUUUCUAUGUGUGAUGUUCAGGUGUAUCCUCUUAAAGUUAAAGGAUUUAUGAGGAUAAAAUUUACCUCCAGUCUCAAUAUGUCAGAUCCAGCAGAGAGGAACAACGUUCUUAAUGAGGUGGGUCCAAACGAUAACGGUUGGCUUGGGCUUGGUGACAUCAUACGGCUUGUUGAAGAUGCACUUAAGCUUAGGCCCAAACCCCCUCGCUUAGAUGAAACCAGUGAUCGACGGCUGGAACCGCAGAAGGCUCACCUGACCAGGGGAAAAGAGGAGAUUGAUAGCCCAGAGUGCAUUGGAACGGGGCGAGACCAGUGGUGGAUUGAGUUCCGCUCCACUGGAGAGAGUUUAUUGGUAAAGAAGGCACAUGGAUGGAGUCUGGGAGGAUUCCCCUGCCGCUGUGAGAGGAUGGCUCCCACUCCGAAAGAAUGUGGCAUCUACCUUGAUGAGAAAUGGAAGGUCAGGAUCUAUUGUGAUCUGUUUAAGAGUGAGAUGUGGAUGUUCAGUUGUCUCUGUGUAUUUUUCGGUGCAGGAGUUUUCACCACUACACAUGCCCAGGAGGAAGAGAAUUUGUCCUUAUGGGGAAAGGCUGUACAGUCAUCCACAGCAUAUGAAGGUUGGGAAGCAGACAAGGCUAUUGACCCUUCACCCUUAACCUGCACCCAUACUGUACCCACAACUGAUAACCCUUGGUGGAGACUGGAUCUUCUGGAUUCUUACUACAUCUCUAGAGUUGUCGUCACUAACAGACCAGACUACGGUCCAGAACGACUCAAUGGAGCAGAAAUUCGUAUUGGAAACUCUCUGGAGAACAACGGCAACAAUAAUCCCAGAUGUGCUGUGCUGUAUGGUUUGGCAAUGGGUCAGUCUGUAUCUGUGUCCUGUGGUGACAUGAAUGGACGAUAUGUGAACGUCAUCAUACCUGGAAGUUCAAAAAUCCUCACUGUAUGUGAUGUAUGGGUGUAUAGAACAAAAGUCAAAUUAGGUUUCGUGAGGAUUAAUUUAACCUCCAGUCUCGACAUGUCAGAUCCAGCAGAGAGAAACAACUUUCUUCAUAAGAUGAAGACUGGUCUGAUUUCUAGAGGAUACUCUAUUUUCACAUUGACCUGGACAAAACUCCCUCAGAAGGUCAAACUGGAGACUAAGGAAAGGUCCAUGUGCUAAUAUUUCCUUUGGAGAAGGAAAGAAACACGUUUUUGUUGAUUGCUUUUAUUCGGCUUCACACAAAUCGUUUGGGGAUCUCUGAGAAAUUUAAAAUUUAUAUUUUGAGAAAAUUACAGUGUUUUUUGACCUUGCAUGCAUUUCAACCUGUUGUGUGGGAGUUAUAAACAGUGAUAGAAUGCUUAAAAUUUUACUGGCUCUUUAAAUUGAACCUUUAAGGCCUCUACAGCAGCUAGCUGUGAAGUGCCGCUAGAUAACGUUAACCAAGAAGAAAUUGAAGAGGACUUUAUGUUGUUUCCGCCCACUGUCACUGGUGACAGUGUCAAACUGCUGUAAAAGUCAUGAAAAAAUAUUUGGUUUCAAUUUUUUUUCAUAAAUCUGUUAAUCAACCUCAGUC